AUUGCCUUGGAGCGAAAACCACUUUUUCGCCUUUGUUUUUUUUAUGGUGCCGUUUAGUUCAGCGGAGAGGGGAGGUGCGUGGAGGAGGAUCGGUAAGAUUUUCCAGAGAAGAAGGGGGGACUUGAGGUCGUCUGGUGUGGAGUCACGCAACUUCUCUGGUUCAUUUGGACACAAAGUUGUGUGACUGACUGAGGCGCCGCGGAGAAUGGAAACGAGUUAGCCCUCCUCUGAUCUGCGGUCACGGCGAGGUUCGCCUUUGAAAACCUUUCCAUGAGGCAGCGACAGGAACAAAACCAAACCGCUGUGUCGGUUUAAUGUGAGUUGAAAAAGAGCCUCGGGAGAAGUGGAGAUUAAACCGGUUUUCCUGGUUCCCUACAGCCGUGUGUGUGUUACUGAAUGGUGGGGUGCUUUUCCUGUUUGACGGAGUCAACUGUCGAACACACAGACUCAUCGUCACCAGACCUGCUCAGAUGGGGUUGAGAUAACGCCACCAGAGGUUCCAACCUUGUGCCGAACUCCAGCCUCCCACAUUCACCCAGAAUGGCAGAUCCCAACGGGCUGAGCUCUGAAGGGGCCGGGUCAGGCACGGUCGAGGUCGACGCCUGUAGUUUGGAGAUAGAGAGGAAGUAUGAUGUCAUCCCUGCCGUCAUCUGCUCCAUGUGUUGCCUGUUUGGCAUCAUCUACUGCUUCUUUGGUUACCGCUGUUUCAAGGCUGUCAUGUUCCUGUCUGGUCUGAUGUUUGGCUCCGUCAUCAUUUUCUUGCUCUGUCACAAGGAGCAUGUGCUGGACACCCAGCUGAGUGUGGAGGCCAGUGCGGGUAUCGGCCUCGGUAUCGGCCUGCUGUGCGGUCUGGUCACUAUGCUGGUGCGAAGCGUCGGCCUCUUCAUGACUGGCCUGCUGCUGGGCCUCCUCCUGGCGGUUGCCGCCCUACUGGUCACUCAGCAGUUCUAUACUCCAAUCUCAGUCUGGGUCCCACUGGGUUCACUUCUGGGAACGGGCAUGCUGUUUGCUGUGCUGACACUGCAGUGGCAAAAGCUCUUCACCAUGCUCUCCACGGCUGUGUUCGGGGCAGCUAUCAUGACAGUAUGUGCUGAUUACUUUGUGGAGAUGCUGGUUUUGGCCACGCAUGUGUAUGAAUGCUUGCGCCUCACACCCGGUCCACCUCUCUGCUGGUACAGCUGGGUCAUUCUGGGCAUCUGGCCCGCCCUCAGCCUCAUAGGAGUACUGGUCCAGUGGAAACUGACGGAUGACAGCUUCUCACACACUGAGGUCGUUAUUAGUCGGAGACAGAAGAGAGUCCAGCUGAUGCGAAUUCGAGAGAAAGACGCCAAGAAGCGUCAGCAGGCAGGUGGGCAGGAAGGCACGUACCGCCGUAAACCCACCCCAGUGAAACGUUACGCUGGGGAUCUACUGGCACCGAGCUACCUGCAAAGUCUGCGGGACAGACAGAUGGGCACAGGUACUUCCCUUAGCAGCCUGGGCACUGCCAACCACACCAUGAUUGACUUGGACUAUGACACCGGGUCCACCGCACCCCUUACAGCUACAACCCCAGUCGUCAGGGUCUGAGCAAAAGGGACUACGUAGAGCUCUCUGGUUCUCCAAUUUUGUCUUCCUAACAUAGAGUAGAAGCAACAAACUGAUACCCUCAGCUAAAAGGUUUAUUGUGCCUUUAAAUUGAUUUGGUGAAAGAGAAUGCUGCUUUUUGGGGAGAAGUAAGAGGUGUCACCUGUUUGGUGAAAGCUAUAAUAUAACCACUACAACUACUGUGUUUCUCAGAGAAACACUUAAAAACAGAUACUAACAAAGUAAGGUCCUCAAUUGUUUUCAUGAUGUAUUUAAUACAUAAAUAGCAAGUACUAGCCUCAAAAACGGUUGUAUUGCUGUUAUGGUAGUGAAGUGACAAAGAAAUGUGUUUUACAUUACAUGUACUGUACUUAAAAAGUUGCCAUGAAGUGUUGUUAUUACCUGUUUUACUUGUUUAACUGUGUGCUCGUAGGAUUUGUGAACGUUUUUCAUUAAAAUGACUAUUUGUUUAAAUGGAGUUUGGUUUGGUGAGAGUAAAAUAUGACAGAUUGAUACAUGUAUGACAAAGUGAAGCAAACAAUAUAUAAUACUUUGUAUUUCCCGUCAGAAUAGAGUAGGUGAAAAACUUAGACUGUGGUGUAUGAUUGUGGAGUGAACCUUUUAUCAGUUAAUUUAUGUAUUGACCAAGUACAU